AUGGCGAUCGCCGACGCAACCGCUUCGGCUGCACCUUCCGGCAAAAAACCCGGUGAAAACCCAAUCUGCGCGUCCGAUCCCCUGAAUCUUGCUUCCGGUAGAUGCGCUCAGGCCACCAACUCAAAUUCACGUCAGGCGAGGCUGGCGAGAGCCACUUGGGCGGAGAGUGCAGAGAAGAGGCGAGCACAGAAAACGCAGCUGGAAGAACGGAAACGCAUACCAUAUCGCUCGAACGACAAGGUCGCCAUCUGCAUAGCUGCUCUGAUACGGCUGCCGACAUCUGUUCGAUGUGUCGACCAGUCGUCGUUGUCUACGUCGAUCGCACCGCCGACAACAACGGCGAAUUCAACCCCUGUGCCUCGAACGCAUACCACCGAAGUACGUGGUAUCUUUCAGCUCGCGGACCGGCAGCAGCAACCUCGCACACCCCCUCGCCGAGUCGAACCUAUGACAGCGCCGAUGCCGGCACUGUCAAUGAUGGCAAUGGAGGAGGAAGACAGCAACUCUGCCGAUGAGGCAUUUGCGAGCUUCAUCGAUAUCGUCGACGAUGACGAGAUCCAUGGGCCCGACCAAGGCCUCGACGCUUCGUCGUCAUCGUCUUCUGGUGCGACACUAUCCAGCUCGACGCAGUCAGCGCCUACGUCAACAUCGACUUCGACUUCAGAGUCAUCCUCCUCGCCCUGCUCACUCCCAGAAACAACUACCGUGUCACCGCAUUCCGUGCUAGCCAAGUCGUCCUCGGGCUCGGUUUCGGCUGAAAUUUCUGCUGCUAUUACCACGACCGACACGCCAGCUUUGCACGCGCACCACCCACCGCAUCCACACGAGUUUCUGCGUCGAGCAUCCAGUGGCUCUACAACCUUCCUCCCGCAUGCCCAUCCCCUGGCGCUCUCCGCUACCGCCAGUCCUAUGCUGCGUCAUCCUUCCUCGUCGCAGUCGCAGCUGCAGCUGCACGUCGAUGACGGCUUCGCCAUGGAUGCUGCGAUGGGCAUGGACAUGGGUAUGGGUAUGGGCAUGGGUCUAGGGCCGAACAUGAGUAUGCCGAUGGGCGUGAGCAUGGGCAUUGGAGCCAUGGGCAUGGGCAGCGCAGGCUACAUGGGCAUGGGGCUGACUGGCACCAGCAUAAGCGGUGGCAGUCACCAGCUCUCGGCGCUCGAUCUAGCCGGCACAUCGGCUGCUGCUGCACUGUCAUCAGCCGGCGGUCCACCGUUGGCGGUAAGCACCAGCAACAGCAACAAUAGCAAUAGCAGCAGCACUCGUCUGGCAACGUCUAACACAGACCCUGUGUCAGCGUCGACAACGAGCGCAGACGACGCCAGCAAAGAUGUUGACGAAUCCGAAAGCUCAACUAUCUUCCCCUCUCUUUGCAUACCGAUCCAAGCUCCCUUUGGUUCUGGUGCAGGUGCCGGUGUCUUUGGCCAGUCUAUUUCCAACGUACAGCUGCAGCAGCUUCAGCAAAUGCACCAGCAGCAUCUGCACCCUGGGUUGGGAGCAACAGCGCCAGGGUCGGGGUCAGGCUCCGGGCAACAAGGGUCUGCGCCAGGCGCUCCGAUAGCGCAUGGGCAUGGUCAAGUAGUUACGCAUACGCAUGCAGGCACGUCACUGCCAACUUUUCAAUUCGACUUCAAACCCACUGCUGGUGGUUCCAUUGCCACGCCAUCGUCCGCCAGUGCCGCCGCGCAAGGCGCGUCCGCGGUCGCGAACGUGCCUGCGCCUUCUGCUUCAGUAAAGAGCAGGAAAGCAUCUGCGAGCAAAGCAAAGAAGGAUGGAGCAGCUGGAGCGGCAAUUGCCGGGAGCGCUGGAGCAGGCAGCAGCGUUGUUGUGUCCACAAGCGCCAAAGUCGCUGAUCUCCCUGCUGUUGGAACGCCAAAGGGAAAGCAGAAGGGGAAGGAGAAGGAGAGUGAACAACUCGAAGGGCGAGCAGGCGGGAGCAAGAAACGAAAGUUGGACAGGAAGCCUGCUACUCUUGCCUCUCCAGCUGUUGCUGUUGAAGCCAUGGACGCUUUUGCAGAGAGGGCUGUUCCAUUUCCUUCGAGCGACCGAAAGUCCUCUGGUGGUACCAGGAAAAGGGAAAUCAAGAAACAGAAGAACGGCACUGCGGCGGUACAAGAACACGCUGCAAGUUCGGGCACUGCAGGUCGUGCAACUAGCCUGCAGGACGGGAUUUUGGGGUCUUCCUCCGCAAACGUUGCCUCGGAUGAGCUUGAGCAGCAUUCAUCAACAGAGGCGUCAGCCUCGGUAAACGUCAAGCGGGAGAUGAUGGACACGUCGGACGAUGCAGUAUGGACAUCGGCUUCAGACGUCACUGGCGAUGACUCAACCGCCGCCAGCCAUGUGCCGUCUUCGAAGCGUCCGCCGCCCUCUGCACCGCAGGUGACCGAAGCAGGCAAUCCGUUCCCCGUGAUCGACACAUCUGCGCCGCACUCGUCCCUCUUCAUCCAUCCAGACACGUCCGGCUUGACCAAGCGUGAAGCGCGGCUUGUCAAGAAUCGCGCGGCGGCGUUCCUCAGCAGGCAGCGUAAGCGCGAGCAAUUCGAGGAGUUGGACGCAAAAUGCAAGAGUCUUUGCAGGCUCGCUUGGAAGAUGUGGGAGGCGAUGGCGACGCCAACGUCGGGGAAAACAGAUACACGCUCCUUGCUUGCAUCACGCUUGUCGGGCGAGGCACCCGACGUUGUCCUUUCUCUACAGCAGAUUAUAGACAAGGAGGGAGCACCCAUGGCGCCGACGGAAGAGGGGCCUUCGUCAUUCUACGCUUUGCUUUAUGCCAAUGCUGAGCGUAAGCCUGGCAACGAGGAGAUGCUGAGGCGCAUCUUUGGCUCUGUGCGCUCUGCGCCUCUGACCAGUGCCGCGCCAGCGACUCCCACCGGAAGCAAAGAGGCACAGGCCUACAAGCGCAAGGUGGAAAGCGAACUGGCCCUUCUGCGAUCUCAGCUUCAAGCUGCACAGAUCCAAGCGCAAGAAGCGACCAAGCGCGAAGAAGAGACACGAAAACUGCUGGCGGCAAGCGAGAUGAGGUUCGCUUCUGCCGGCAGCGUACCUUUGCCUCCUUCUCCGCGGGUUCCAAUGGACUGGCAACAAGGCUCAUCAGCUACAGAAGGGCAUAGUUUGAAUUCGCACACCGUGUCGCUCCCGGCUUCUCCUGAUACGGCCAACGCGUCGAAGGUGUCGCAAGCGCAGAGUCCCGCCAUAGGCGCAUCGACUGAUGGGGCGAACAUUGCGAAGCCAGAGGACUUUGUUGACGCAAAGUGUUCGAAGCAGCUGAGCGUGCCGCACAACGCGGCGCUCAACCCCGCAGCAAGUACUGGAGGGGGAGAUCCAGCCAAGGACUCUGAGGGAGACUCCACUGCAUCCUUGUCGUCAACGGCUUCGACGUCAACCUCUGCAAGUGUUCAGCCAAACCCGCGCAAAGGAGCUGGAAGCGUUGCGCUGCUUGCAAUACUGAUUGGUUUUGCGAUAUUCGGGUUUCCUGGUGGUGCAUCAUCGGGCCAUGCUGGUGUCAGCAGUCAUUCGAUUGAAUCUAGCUACGUAUCCAUGGACGACUUGCAUUCACAUGCACAGGAGAUCGGUUCGUCUCGUCGCCAAGGCGGCGGUGAUCGAGCGGAAGCCAAAAGCAAGGACUCAUCUGCCCAUCUGCCCGAGCAUGACCUCACCAUCCUAGACAGUGAGCAAGACCUGGAGUCUUCCGGGGACGACACUCUCGUGGACGGAGAGGUAAUAUCACCGGAAGCGAAAGGGAAGAGCAAGGAAAUCGACGUGGCGAGGUAUGAUCCGCUCCGUGAGUGGCUCGCGAGGUCCCUAGAGUUGGAUCUUGCCAGCCUGGGGCUCUGCGACCGCGACGACAAUAGCAACGCGGCUCAGGCGGACAUUCAAGCCGAGGACACCAAUGCUGACGCCGGCGACAUGGCCGCUCAGCGAACGCGAAAGGGUCGCAGGCUGCACAUCAGCGAGCUGGCUCCUUACCUAGGCCAUAGCGAUUUCAAUGUCGACAAUGGGUUCAUCAUCGUGGAUGGCCCGGCUUCUCGAGAGGUCUCAGACAAUCCACGUGAUGCGCCAGUAGCAGAUGGCAGCGGGUAUACACGGAAGGACAGCGUGGCCAGCGCGACCUUGUCCAUAAGCCCGUCGCGCCUCAGUGUCUUCCUGCCAGCUUUGGACACGCCUGAGAAAUUGGAAAAAGACAGUCCGGAGACAGUAGUCAAGGAGCAUGCUCCAGGGCAGCCCCUCACAGCUCAGAUCUCAACGCCGCGCCGAAGGCUUCGUGCAAGGAGUCUUCUUGCCGAGCCAGAUUCGAAGGCAGCAGCAGUCGCCGCACAAGCAAGCAUGUGUGCUGGAGAUGCGGCCCAGCCAGCAGCUGAUACACAGGCUGAGGUACGGCCUCCCUUCUUCACGACGACCAAAGCGGCAGAGGCGGAGGAUGCUGGCGCCAAGCCGAGACGCAAAGCCAAGGGCCGGGCAUAUUUUGAACUCGAGUUCACCUUUAGCGGCGCGCGUCUCGCACAUAUUCUAUGAUUGGGCAACGGUAUUGCGCUCUUAAACAGAUUGAAGAGCGUCGGACGAAUUUGGAACUGCACGUUUCGUAUUGAACGAAGAGAUGUAUUUGUCCAAUUCCUUAUCAUUGUGC